CUCACCGAUCGUAAACGCGUUAAAGACGUGAAUUUGUGUCGAAAAUGCCGUUAAAGCAACGGAUUCUCGUGAUUUCUUCAAUUAUAAUCGAGAUCGCGUCGUGGUUUGACCAUCAGAUCAAGCACGAGAAGGAGAGCGUGGAUUCCAUACCCUGCACCGUUGGCACGCGAGAAUGGACAACAGACUUCGCGUUCCUUCGAGACGAUCACGGGUCGCGAGUGACAAACAUAUCGUGUUGAAGAAUCGGAUUGUUGUAACUGUGUAGAAAUAAUCCGCUUGAAAAUCGGAACUCGGGUUUCGCGGAACGAAUGCGUGUGUUGUGUCGACGACGUCGACGUGAAUUCGAGUUUUUUCAGUGGCGAAGAAGCGCGCGAAUUAAGUUUCGAAGUUGUGCAUAUUAGUGAUAUCAGUGAUGUAUUUCCUGGACGGGAUCGACGAGGACGAGGACGUCUUCGAGGCGGACCUCGCGUGGAGUAAACUGCAAUGCCCUAGAUGGUGCAGCUGAUUGCGUACUUAUCUAGGGCACAACGACCAAUGAUGCCGAAGAGAUUGACCGAGCUAUCCAGGUGGCUGCUGCUGGCGGGGCUUUUGUGCUGUUCGUCCUGCCAGAGCGUACCGUCCUCCUUCGAGAAUAAAACCGGCGGUCAGAAUGACAGCCGGCCGCGGAUAUUCUCCCCCAGGAUGGAUUAUGACGAGUGGACACCGUUGGGACGCGGCGAUCCUCUGAAGAACAAUCCGACCUUCGACUAUGUACCGCCGGUCCUCGACAGGGUGCAGUACUGGUUGGAUUCACAGCAGCACACAACGGAGCCAUCGUCGAAGCGUGACAUCCUCGUGCUGGGUGUGACCGCGAAGAAGACCAGUCCGAAGAUACCGGAGCAGUUCCUCAAGUUCGUGGACGGUCCCAAGUUCACGCGGACCGGCAGUCAGGACUCGAUCUCCUAUAGGAACGACUUCACCGGCAGCACCGGCGCUGAACCGCCCAAGAUCGUGCGCACCACUAGCUUCCGGAACGGUUUGGUCGACUAUAGAAAUCAGAACAGGCUACAGUCAUUGCCGGCCAGUUACUAUCCGAGCCCGUAUUACAAUCAAAAGACAAAGCCGUAUACCAUGAUGAUGCCGCCGCCCAUGAUUCAGAAGGCCGAGACGUCCACCAAUUUCAACAUCGGCACAUCCAAGGACAAGCUAAUCGGUUAUCCGGACACAUCAUCGGCGUUUAGUACCCAGACGGAAGAAGGUCCCGUCCUCCAUGAUACUCAGUACUAUGGAACAUCCGCGAAAGAUUUUGGACGUUACUCCCCCGCGCCUUCGUCGAGACCCUACACUUCGAAGGCGCCACCGAGCAAGAUCGAAACUAUCAAGAGCGUCUACGUACCGUCCGCGACGCAAAAUACAAAGUCGAAAUACGAAGCGACCACUGCACCGUCCGUGUCUUUCGAGAAGUCAAAUUUAAUAUACCAAUCGACGCAGACUCUGUCUGGCGGAUGGUUCGGCAAUAACGGACCCACUUCGUCUUCCACAAUAUUUCCUUUGGAUGUCAAUCAGAUCACGUGGCAGACCUCGGAUUACUCCAGAGAUCAUUAUGAGGUCGAUCAUCACGCUGCGGCCUCGUCCAAUCACGAGGUUGUCGUUGGCCAAAACGCGAACAUCAUUGUGGACGCGAGUAAAAACGAAAAUGAGGAAGUGGUCGUGGGUAAGAAGGAGGUUAGCAGCGAGGCUACGUCUUCGACGACGGAGAGCAUCACACAAACUUCCACUGCCUCCACCACGGAUUCAAGUGAGCAGGAGGAAGAAACUACGACCGAUGCGGAACCCUCGCAAAAGAUGCACAUCGUAGUCGCCAAUUCGCCGUCCAACAUCAUGGAUCUGGAGACGCAUAAAGCGAAGAAGGGUCCGGUUGCUGUGGUAAUGCCGACGAAUUACAUUGAGAAGAAUUUCUCUGUAAGUUCGUCGGAUUCACCGACGACGACGCAUAACGCUUGGGAAGAUCCCACCACAUCCGAGAUGGCAAAAACAACCUAUCAAGCGUCGAAGUCUCAAUCGCAGCCAAUAAGAAACGCGAUAACGAGUUCGCCGAUUUCGUCGGAGGAUCAUUCAUCCGCUUCCUCUGUGCCGAACAGGUUGAUACCGUCCUCGCAGCUUGCCCAUCAGUCUCCGCAUCUGCCAUCCGUUCCGGUACUGCCUGCCAGACACGUUGCCAGUUCCUCGCACGUGUACGUCCCUCCGCAGACAGCUUCUCAGUCCAUGAUGCGUCCUCAGACCAGACCGAAUACCAUGCACUACAUCGGCAGCAUGCGUCCCGGUUUUCGACCAUCGUCACCCGUAUCGAUGUCUCACAUGUCGCCGCCUAUGGCGCACAUGCAUGUCCCAUCCAUGAACAACAUGAUGGUACCAUUGUCUAACAUGGAACAGGCUCAACGACUAUCUCAACCGUUCCCCGUGACGUUCACCAAUCCGCCGUCGCCGUCGACUUUCAACACGCAGAUUCCUGGAUUUGACAAGCAACCAAUCGACUAUCGACAAUCAUCUCGAUUACCCGCGACAACCGUGACCACUUCACCGUCAUUUACACCCACGAUCUCGUCCACCAUGGAGUACACGUCCACUGUGGACACCGUGGAUCAUCAUGAGAGCACAAAACCUGAUCAGCCGCCAUUAGUAAAGAUCCUCAAUGCUGAGGAGACUCCGAAGAUGAAGACGAUACCUGUUCCAUCGUCGACGAUUCCACCACGAACCACGACCGUUCCAAGUCUAACUACCGAUCCGAUUUUCUCCCAUUACAAGCAACCGGCCAAACCAAUUCGUGGCCCGAUGUAUCUCAUCAUUCAGGGUCACUCGAAGGUAAAAACUUAUAAACCCACAGUGAGCAAACAUGGCAUGCCUGUGGAGAACAAUGAGAUCGUGGAGAGUGCGACCGAACGGCAGCUAUCAAAGUUGGAACAGCUGAUUCGGGAAAAUACAAAGAACGGCGCCGUCGACCUGGCCGCCGAGAAAAGAAAAUUGGAAGAGAAGAUGCGCGCCGAGAAACACGUAUCCUCGCGUCAGGAGAGUCUCAUGAGUCUAAUCGAGAGCGGUUUGAGCGGCUUCACUGUGUCACCAUCGACGGUAGCGGAGGACGAGCGUCGCGUGUCCAACUCGGUUACGAGCAUCGAGAUCAAUUAAGGAUUUGCUGUUUGCGACAGCUCUCUUGUAGGAAGCACAAGCUCGACAGGCGGAUACUGGCAGCUGGGGAUAUCCGCACGUGGAAGUCCUCAUUGCGCGUUGCGCGGAAGGGUAACCGCCGUUCUCAGUAGGGAUGCAAUUUUUUUAGGAACGAGAUCGAUUUAUUCGUUGCUUACGUACGGUUCAUACCGUAAGUCGUUAUGUGAAAAUCGAUGGCCAAAUGUCGACGCGUAUGAGAUGGGAACUCGAGAGGUUUCAUGGCUGACCCUCGCAGCAUCUUUUUUUUUCAGUAUAGGAGUCACCAGUAUGGAGUUGGGAGAUACGUAUAACUACAGCAAUGCUGACGAGGUGUUGAGAAUUUAUGUUAUUUAUUUAUUUAUUUAUCGUUCCGUGAUAUAUUGAGUGCCUCUAUAUAUAUUCUUUAAUACUGGAUGAUUUGAACGAAUUUAUGUAUUUAUUUAUAGAUUUGCAGAUAACAUUGAGUUAAUACACGGAAACACACACACACACACACACACACACACACACACACACACACACACACACAAGUUUACGGUAAGCGGAUACACGAGCGUGCGUUUAUCGUAUUAUUUAUUUAUAUUUAAAUUUUAAAUGAUCGAAAUAAUUUGAUGCUUGAUCACGCCCAUUACAUGUAAUUAUUAUAAUUGUUAUAUUUCAUUACGUACGUCAUGUUCAUGAAUAAUUUAAUUUUCAGAUUUAAUUUUAUAUAUAUAUAUAUAUAUAUAUAAUUUAAUUUAUUAUUUAUAUAUUUUGCUUAACAUAGGUUAUUCCCUUUAUUAUAGUUUAUUUCGCACGUGUUGUAAAGGUGCAUAAAAUCUUGCAUAACAACGAACGUUACAAUUAUAAUUCGAUUAGCAUUGAGACUCAUAAUCGUGCAGCAAUUAAAGUCCAAAGCAAUUAGCGACAUAAUUAAUACCGUCUUUUUCACUUUCGCAUCAAUGACUCACUAUCGUGCGCGCUAUGUGGAACAAUUGCAAAUCCAUGCAAAUUUUACACUUCGAGACUUUUCGAAUAUAAUCUACAUUUGAGAGAAAAGAUCAUUCUUAGAUUUCUCACAAAAUCACGCUGCUCGGAGCGCGAAUUCUUGGUCACCUCUCACCACAGUCUCUCAUAGUCAUUGCAUGCGUUAAAAAAAAAAGAACAAAAAGAAACAUCUCUGUCUCCGCAUCUCCGUGAUCGUCGCUCCAACGUUCGUUUUCAUUGCCUUUUUUUAUAGAGAUCGACGAUUAUUAUUCGCGGUGAUAACAAAUUCUCGCUGUCACCAGACAACAGAGGCUCAACCAGGCAGUUCUCUUCACGUCCUGCCACGCUUUCAUCCACGAUGUGAAAAGCGCGCCAAUUUCAUAUGUGCCAGUAUACAUAAUUACAUAUAUAAAUAUAUAAAUAUAUAAAAGUGUAACUAUCUAUGUAUAUAUAAUAUUAAUGUAAUAUUUAAUAUUAUAUAUACGUACAUGCAUACACGUGUUACACGUCUGUGCGGAAUAAGCGAUCGUUCAACGAUUCCGAUCGCGCAUUCGACCCGCUUGCGUCCUCAACGACAGUUAUCGCGAUCGCGAAUGCAGCGAGUGUACGAAUUGGAAUUCGCGUUUCACUCGCUGUUUUAUGGCGUCACUCGAUUCGCGUGCGCGCUUUCUUCCGUAAUCUAAAUAUCGAACGAACUCGUUUUACGAUUAUCGCGGUGCGAUAUCAUUGCGGAACGUUGCCUGCAUAGCUAUCAAUGAGGGCGUAAAGCAGCAUCUCAGAUCGACUCUGGACCGGUAUGCGCGUAUUUAAUUGCGCCGCAAACGUGAAGCUUACGAUCGUGUGUGCUAUAUGCAUACAAUAAUAUUAUUUACCGUACAACAUAGUUGAGCAAAAGAAAUGCAGAAUGUCUUAGAGGCAACGGUUCUCUUGAAUUAGAUUGACGUUUUUUUUAUUAUUUAAUUUUACAACGUCCGACACACGAUCAUCGCAGAUCUAAAAAAACAAAUUUAUUUUUACAAUUUGAUAAAAUAUUGCUGAAAGUUUAUGUAUAAUAUAAAAAAAGAAGUAUAUCGUUUAUCGUGAACAGUCUCGAUAUUGGAGCAGAUACGUAUUUUAUCUGUCUCUCGCGAGAGAAAGCUUGUAAGCUUCCAAGACAUCUUGUACGCGUAUGACGUCGAUGUAAUUUAUAGAUUCGUGGAUGUUAAGAAUAGGUUUCUCUUUAGUAUCAUAUUUAUUGCGCUAGAUACAGAAAUCGAAGGUGGAAAGUGUCUCAAACGUCGUAAUCAAUCGCUCGAACAUGCUCACUCCGUCUCACACGCAUUUAUUUUUCAAGUUGACGCCUAAUAUUUGCAUCAGAACUUACCGUCCUUAAUUCCGUUUUAUUCACCACGAUCAUCUACUUGUUUAUCGCACAAACACCGCCGCCCCGAUAGAAUUUACCUAUUUGUCGUAGACAGCUGCGGAUCGCCCGGCAGCAAAAUUUCUCGAUUCUCGUCGUUCUCACAUAGAUAUCAUCGCUCUCGCCCGCACGGUUAAAAUUUUUCGUUCACCCUCCAGGCAAAUUCUCCGUUCGAACAAUGAAUUACGCGAAGCAUAAAAACAGGCGAACGAUAUAAAACGAGAAUGGCGAGCUUCUCCCUCGUUUUUCCGUGUCUACCAGGGCACGGGAGGAUGCCAACGGCCUUCGAUUCGAAGGGUUUCCGCAACGUUUCGUAAAACGCCCUAUUUAGCCUUUAGGCGCUACGAUGUGAAACUUACAUUAACACUAGUCUUACACCCUACCAGUUACCAAACAUAUCGCGUACGUACUAACAGCUCACAGACUAUAUAUAUACAUAUAUUAUCACGACCCUCUUGCUCGUAGCAAUCGUAAUUAGGCGUAGUCGAAGUUACGCGCACUCACACGCAAUAUAUGUACUCACGCACAUACACAUAAUAUAUAGGAGGUAUACGCAUAUAUACAUAUUAUACACGUAUACGGUGUAUUUAUUUAUAUAAAGAUAAAUUAUAUGUAUAUUCGGCGAUGUGAGCGCGGCCGCGCGACAUCGCGAUCACCCUUACGUAAGCAUUCGGCGUUACGUUCGCACGUGGGCACGGCGUGCAGUUAAGUUUACGUACGAUAAAUUGUACCUGACGGUCACGCACGCGUUCUGUUGAUUCUUCUGUUUUAUUAUAAUAAAGCAUCUUAUUAUCAA